AUGACUUCUCCUGGCCCUCCCUGUCACGCUGCCAGACAAGUGACAAGGAAGAAGCAGGAUGUCCAAGCUGGACAAGUCCCACCUCUUGCCACCCAGAGUGUGUUUGAGGCCAGAGAACUCUUCACCCUCAGCUUUCCGCAGAAGCUUUGGAAAAUGCUGGAAAGCCAGCAGUUUCAGUCCACCUGGUGGAGCGAGGGAGGAAAAUGUGUGGCCAUCUACCAAAAGCUCUUUGAAAACGAGGUGCUGAGCAGGAGAGGACCUCUGCGGGUUUUUGCCACGCGGAAGAUGAAAAGUUUCCUUCGGCAGCUGAACCUCUAUGGCUUCACCAAAAUCCGUCGGGAUGCACAAAGAUCUGCCUCCCUGCCUGAAUUCCUGGCAGAAGCAGCAGCAGCUUCCGCUCAUGCCAAGGUUCUCUACUACUACAACCCCAUUUUUAACAGAGACCAUCCCCACCUGCUUGAAAGGUGCAAGAGGAAAGUUGGCAUCAAACGGGAAGCCCCAGAUACACCAGAAGGGCUUGACAGCCAACCCUCCAGGAGCCCGGAUGGUCAGCCUGCGGGGGACAGGCAGGCAUCUCCACCCACGACCACCACGCCCACCAAGCGAUGA